AUGUCAUCUAACGAUGUAACCAUCCCUACACCAUCCCUGACAUCGCUGCUAUAUGUGAAGUCCGCCAAAUACUCUGCCGCAACCCAGCACCCUUUCCUCACCGCCGCGGGAGACGGCUCCCUCGCUAACGAUCAAUUGUCAUAUUGGCUUGCCCAGGACCGCAUAUACGCCUCACACGCCUAUCCACGUUUCAUCGGACAGCUUAUCGCCAAGAUCCCGUUCUCAUCCGCCCAUGCAGCCUCUUCUCCGGAGCAGCAGCGCAACGAUCGGAUCUUGCGCGUCCUCAGCUUUUGCCUGCAAAACAUUGUACGGGAGGUUGCCUUCUUCAGUGAUACAUCCGAGAAGUUCGGUCUCGAGAUUGGAAUUCGGAAUCAAGUGGGCGAUGCUGGAUGGCCCGAGCGUAAGGCGACGAUGGACUACACUGCAGAGAUGGCUCGCAUCGCAGCUUUAGGUACCCUGGGGGAAGGUCUUGUCUUUCUCUGGGCCAUGGAACGUGUCUAUCUUGACGCGUGGAAGCACGUUGCUUCGGCCAGGAUGGGCACCGCAUCGACGGAGCCGCUUUCGUCUCUUUCACUAGCUACCGCAGUGGAUGGAUUUGUGACGAACUGGACGAGCGCCGAGUUCGAGGCCUUCGUACGCGAUCUAGCUGACCUUGUCGACCUUUGUGACGUGCCGCUCGAGGCAGCCAGUGUCGUAUGGAACCGGGUACUGGAACUCGAGGAGGCAUUUUGGCCGGAAGAAGGAGAAGCUUUAGCUGUCAAAUCACAAUGAAGCAACAGCCUUCCAGAGCUUCGG